UAAUCAAUAAAAACCAACAAACGACAAAAUUGUUAAUCGAAUUUCAAGAAAUACAGCUACAACUUCUACAGCAUGAAGUACAAAUUUUUGCUGCUGCUUGUCAGUGCGGAGGCUCUGCUGCUGAGUGUCGCAUUGGCCCAGCAGGAGAGCAUGCCCUACCAGGCCGUGGCGAAUAUUUGCGCGACGUGCACCUGUUUGUCCGCCCAGGACACGAAUCAUCGCCUGCACCAGACACUCAACUGCGCCAUGAAGAACUUCGAGCACAUUCUGGCCCGCUGGCCGCCGGAGUUUGGCAGCCAGCACGCGGACAUGGAGAUUGUUGCCUCGUUUUCGGGCAACCGCAUUCGGGUGCUGCAGCAGCUACCGGCCACGAAUGCCACGCUGACGUUCUCGUGCCGGCACUGCGGCAUACAGCAGCUGGAGGUGCCGCUCUUCAUGGACGUGCCCAAUGUGGAGGCUCUCUAUCUCAGCUGGAAUGAGAUCAAAGACGAUGCGCUCAAGCCGGAUCUGUUUCGGGGUCCCUUCAAGGCCACCAAGUACGAGCCGAUUGCUCUGAAGGACUUGGAUCUCAGCCACAACAGCAUCUCGCGGCUGGAUCGCAAGCUCUUCGAGCACACGCCACAGCUGAGGAAACUGGCGCUGGCCCACAAUCGUCUCAGUGUGCUGGAUGCGGCGACAACGGCAUCGUUGGCCUCCAUUGCCAAUCUGCAGCGCUUGGAUCUGUCGCACAAUGGCUUGCUAACGCUGCCCGGCGAUCUCUUUACCAAGAUGAGCAAUCUCUACCAGGUGGACUUGUCGGGCAAUGAGUUUACUGUGGUGCCAGCCGGCCUGGAGCACCUGGGCAAGAGCCUGCAGCAGCUAAGCUUGGCGGGCAAUCCUUUGGCCAAGAUCGAUGCCCAGAGCUUCCGCCACCUGGAUGCACUGCGUCGCCUGAACAUCAGUGAAAUGCCAAUGCUGCGCACCAUUGAGCUCGGUGCUCUGCAGCUGCCCGCCUUGGAGCAACUGGACUGCGCGCGCAAUCCCAAGCUGGAUCGACUGGAGCUGGUGGAUUUGGUGACCAGCCGGAAUCUAACGCAGGUGGACAUCUCGCAGAACGCGCUGACGACGCUCACACUCAACGCAACCAACACGACGAGCUGGCCAAGACUGCGCAGCCUGGCCAUUGCUGGCAAUCCCUGGUACUGCAGCUGUGAGCUGUUCCAGGCGCUCGAACAGGCCGGCGCUCCUCAAGUGCUGCAGGCGCCCAAUCUGGCGGUCGCCCGCUGCGACACGCCCUACUUGCUGGCCGCCCUGCCGCUGACCAAUCUAACGGCCCAGCAGAUCUGCAACAUGGUCAUACCGAAGAAGUAUCGCGCCGUCGAGGAUGAUCCGCCCAGAUUUCUGCGCCGUCGCUACAUCAUCCUCACGGUAAUCAUUGCCAGCGUCGUGGUCGUCGCCGGCCUCAUCAUCGGCUUCAUUGUGGUCUGUGUGCGUCGUCGGCUCAAGGGCAACGACUUCGGCGUCCAGCCCAUACGCUACACAAGUGUGCGGGGCAGCAAUCUCUCUGCCUUCUCGCAGCUGCAGCCGGUCUCGGUGGCCACGAAAUUCAACAAUGCCGCCGCUGCCGCCGCCUCCGCGGCUGGCUCAACGGGCGCCCCCAAUGCCUGAGACGACGCCUGCUCCUGCCUGCUGCACGUGCUCCGAGCCAAAGAUGUUCACGAAAGUGUUUCAGCCACCACACAAAACAAGACUUUGCGUGCAUGCAUUUGCUUGUAUAUAUUGAAUAUAGUAUAUGGGAUAUAUAUACAUAUAUGAGGUAUAUAUACAUAUAUUCCAGCUCCCUGCGUGGAGACUUGCCUUCGUAUCCCUAGGGUCUAGUGUUGCCAUCGAUGUUUGUAUUGUACUUAAGAUUCGUUAGCUUGUAAUCAUUGUGAAAUAAAAUGCAUUUUU